AUGUCUGGCCAGAGAAAGCACAACGAGAGAAACCAGCAGAUCUUGAAGACUCUGCUGCGCGAGCCGGCCAACAAGAACUGUGCAGACUGUAAAGUGUCCAAGAACCCGCGCUGGGCGUCUUGGAACUUGGGCAUAUUCGUCUGCAUCAGAUGUUCAGGGAUCCACAGGAGCAUGGGAACGCACAUCUCGCGGGUCAAGUCGGUGGACCUGGACUCGUGGACCGACGAGCAGGUCAAGAGCAUGGUGCUGUGGGGUAACCUGCGGGCAAACACGUACUGGGAGGACAAAUUGCCCGAUAAUUACGUGCCCGACGAGAGCAAGAUUGAGAACUUCAUUCGCACCAAGUACGAGAUGAAAAAAUGGAAAGGCGCCACCGAGCCCGACGCUAAGGCUCCAGCAGUUGCCCAGUCUGCCCAAACAGUUGCUCCAGCACAGCCAGCACAGCCAGCACAGCCGGUGCAACAAACACCUUCGCUGCUGGAGUCUCUGAGCAGCACCCCUACACCAGCGCCAGCACCAGCACCGGCCGCUGCCGCUACCUUCUCGUCAAACGACCUGUUCUCGUCAGGUUUGUUUGGAGCGGCGCCAAAACCAGAACCGGUCCAGAAUAAUAGACCAGACCUCAAGAAGUCCAUCUUGAGUCUCCACCUAUUUAGAAUGUAUUUAGAAAGGAGUCAGCAAUGGGGAAAUCAAUGGCUUGUCCUUGAAGAACUCGUAGGUUUGUUGACCUCUCUUGGCAACACCCUCGGUGGUGAACUCGAAGAACUUGUACACAUCUCCUGCCUUACCGGAAGCACCGAAUCUGUUGAGACCAAACUGGGCGUGGGAGUACUUGGACCAUCCCGAAGAGGACAUCACCUCAACAGAGAGAAUUGGCACGCCGUUUGGAAGAACAGACAGCUUGUAGUCAGAGGAUUGAGCAUCAAAGGUGUGGAAGUCUGGAAGAGACACAACAGCAGUUGGAAUACCCUUGUCAGCAAGAACCUUAGCGGCAUCGAUGGAGAGAGAAACCUCAGAACCGGUGGAAACCAAGAUGAGCUUUGGAUUAGAAACCUCGUAGACAGUGUAACCACCCUUCAAGGCCUUCUCGAUGCUAGAACCAGCCAAUUGAGGCAAGUUUUGUCUAGAAAGAGCAAGGAUGGAAGGAGUCUUGGUACUCUCAAUGGCCUUGAUGUAGGCAGCAGAGGUCUCGUUACCAUCUGCUGGUCUCCAGACCAUCAAGUUAGGAAUGGCUCUCAAGUGGGCCAGAGUUUCGAUAGGCUGAUGGGUUGGACCAUCCUCACCCAAACCAAUGGAGUCAUGAGUAGCAACCCAGAUGAUUGGGUGGUGAGACAGAGCAGAAAGUCUCACGGCACCGGCAGCGUAAGACACAAAGUUGAGGAAAGUGGCACCAAACACUUUGUAGUUGGCACCGAAGGCAGAAAUACCGUUGAUGAUGGCACCCAUUCCGUGUUCUCUCACACCGAAUCUGAUGUAUCUACCAGAUUGGGCACCAAGUUCUGGGUACUCCUUCUGGUAAGAAGCAAAGACCUUGUUCCACUCAGCCUCAGCAGCAGCACCGGCUUCAGAGACCUUGUGGAAGAGAGAGUAAACCUCCUGUGGGACAUCGAAGAACUUUUCUGGGUCGAAACCAAACUUCUUCUUCAAUUGGACAAUGUCAUCUGGCUUGAGCGGAGCUCCGUGAACGGACUCAGUACCGGCCUUGAGCGAACCGUAACCGAUGGUGGUCUUGAUUCUGAUCACAGAUGGCUUGGGGGACUUCUUGGCCUCCUUAAUGGCAGCAGAGAUGGCAGCAAGGUCGGUGUCUGCGUCCUCAACAACGUGAAUGUCCCAGCCGUAAGCCUCAAGUCUCUUGGUAACGUCUUCAGUGAAGGCGAAACUGGUGCUACCGUCGAUGGAAAUCUUGUUGUCAUCGUAGAAAGCAAUCAAGUUACCCAAUUGCAAGUGACCAGCAAGAGACAUAGCCUCAGAGGCAACACCCUCCAUCAUACAUCCGUCACCAAAGAAACAGUAGGUGAAACUGUCGGACAGAGUGUGGCCUGGCUUGUUGUAGGUAGCAGCAAAGUUAGCCUGAGCAAUAGCUAA